AUGCUACUCGGGGGCCUCCUUUCGGUCGUCUUAGCCACAGCUACGCUCUACGGACAAUUUACCGCCACGGCAAAUAAAGUACCUACCCUCAUUCAACGCAAUUAUUCCCCCCUAGAAGCAGGCAUACUAGACAAGAGAGACACCUGCUCGGAUGGGUCUCGGUGUAUCGUAGGCAACUGCUGUGGUGACGGUUGUGCUUAUAAUUGUUGUGCUCUGGAUAACGGAGGGGUUGGAUGUGGACUCGCCGAGAGGUGCGAAUACGACGGAAAUGUCUUCAUUGGCUGUUGUGGCAACUAUGUCGGAGGCUGCACCGGCGAAGCAACCCGCAUUACGAUCCACACGCCGUACAUAACAGUUGCCGGGACUGCUGGUGGUGCUACCGUCUCGGCCAUUACUACCUCCGAGUCCGAGCCGGAGAUCACAACGUCUACUUCAAGUGCUUCGCGGACAGCCGUGUCUUCAACUGAGAGUGAGCUGCCUACUACUUCGUCCGCCGUGUCCAUAUCUACAUCAUCCGGUUCAACGACCCCUUUUGCUUACCCUACCGAUUCCGCAAACUCGUCGGCAUCAAGGACAUCCAUCCCCGGGAACACCAAAUCCCUCAGUACGGGUGCUAGUCAGACCGUGUUGGCAAAUGGCGCUGCUAAAAUGACUAGAUUUGAUAUGGACUGGUUGGUUGCAUUGGGGGCAUUGUUCUUCUGA